AUGGAUCCUCAAAACCGCACCAUUGGAGAGUUUGAUUCACUAGACAUCUUCUUCAGAAAACGCCAACCUAUAUGCCCAUUACCACUUGCUGGAGAGUUUAAGAUUAGCUCUAAACUCAUUGCUUUGGUGGAGCAACAUCAGUUUCGUGGGUUAGAUGAGGAGAAGCCCAUUGAUCAUAUUGAGAAGUUUGAAGAAAUUUGCAGUACAAGGAGAUGUAGUGGAGUUUCUGAGGACUAUUUCAAAUGCACCUUAUUCUCAUUCUCUUUGGUUGACACAGCCUACAAAUGGAUGAAGGCCCAUACUUAUCCAAACAUGGAUUACUAG